UUAAAAGACUACACACGGUUGACAGACGGAGAAGAAGAGAGAGAAAAGACUCUCAGCCUCAACGCUCGGAGAGAGAGAGAGAGAGAGAGGGAGAGAGAGCCCUCUAAUCCCCUACAUUUUCAAGCUUUUUCUACGAGCUUUCUCGGAAUCCCAAUUCUUCUCCGUCGCCGGAGCUUCUCUGUGCUACAAGUUCCGACUGAUUUCCGGCCAUUUUGGCAUUUGGUGGUUCAUAGAUCGAACCAGCUCAGAGUUUCUUCUGUGACUUUACUCUAACUGUUUGAUCUCUGCAGCUCAACUGUUUACACUGCGAAGAGAUUUCUAGGGUAUUUUUUGAAACACUUCACAUAGCUGUGAAUCUUUUGUCAUUUCGACCCAUUUUCGGUUUCUCUGGUUUCUCAUUUGCUAAUGCCGCCACUUUCUGGAGCAUUAGAGUCUCUACUUUGACAGUUUGGCUCAUUUUGUUCUUUUCGCACCACCAAAUCUAGCCGUUGGAGAAAGUUGGCCUUUUUCUUUUGGUUUUGUUUGUGUUGAAAAUCUGAGCAUUUCAAGCUCACAUCCAGUGAUUCUGAGCUGUUUGGUCUUCUGGGUCGGUUAAAUUUCUUCAUGGCUUUCUAGUGUGGUCUUUUGAGCACCAAACAAUGCGAGCAUUUUUAAGCAUGAAACCGCUGCUCGUAUUAUUCACCGUCUUUGUUUUAGCUCCUGUUCUUGGGAGAUCUCUAAACCCAUCUCUGAACGACGACGUCUUGGGGCUGAUAGUGUUCAAGGCUGAUAUUCAAGAUCCAAAAGGAAAGUUAGCAACUUGGAGCGAAGACGACGAUAGCCCAUGUAAAUGGGAUGGCGUGAAAUGCCAUCCAAGAUCCAACAGGGUCAUUGAGCUCAGUCUUGACGACUUCUCUCUUUCGGGUCAUGUAGGCCGAGGCCUCCUCCAGUUACAAUCUCUGCGAAAGCUGUCCCUCUCCAAGAACAAUCUCACCGGAAGCUUAACCCCUAAUAUUGCACAUAUCGACAACCUACGAGCACUUGACUUGAGCGAGAACAGUUUCUCUGGUCCUGUACCCGAAGACUUCUUCCGGCAAUGUGGGUCUCUGAGAACGAUUUCUUUGGCCAAGAACAAAAUUUCCGGGAAAAUUCCUGAGAGUUUGGGCUCUUGUGCGAGUCUUGCCGCAAUUGACUUGUCGUUGAACCAGUUUUCGGGUUCGGUUCCAGUUGGGAUUUGGUCCUUGAAUGGGAUUAGAUCACUGGAUUUGUCUAAUAAUUUGUUGGAAGGUGAAAUUCCAAAGGCCAUUGGAGGACUGAAUAACUUGCGAGCAGUUAAUUUGGGGAAGAAUCGGUUUACUGGGCAAGUUCCAGAUGGAAUUGGAAGUUGCUUGCUUUUGAGGUCCAUUGAUCUCAGCGAGAAUUCAUUCUCUGGGAACCUUCCUCAGACAAUGCAGAAACUUAGCCUGUGUAGCUAUCUAAAUCUGCACCAAAACUCAUUUGCCGGAGAGAUUCCUGAGUGGAUUGGAGAGUUGAAGAGCCUGGAGACUUUGGACCUUUCUGGCAAUCGAUUUUUGGGCGAAGUUCCAAGUUCAAUAGGUAAUCUUCAGGCUUUAAAGGUGUUGAAUUUUUCUGCAAAUGGGUUCACUGGGAACUUACCCAAGUCCAUGGCUUAUUGCACAAGCCUUGUGGCUUUAGAUUUUAGUAAGAAUUCGGUGGCGGGUGAACUUCCUGCGUGGAUAUUCAAGGCGGGUUUAGAGGAAGUUUCACUUUCAGAGAAAAAACUAAGUGGAAGCGCAAAUAGCCCUGUAUCUUCCUCAAUUGGAAAUGCGCCUCAAAAUCUGCAAGUCGUGGAUUUAUUUAAUCAAUUUUCUGGUGAAAUUGCAUCUGACAUUGGGGUCUUAAGCAGUUUACUUAGUUUGAACCUCUCCGGUAACUCUCUUGUUGGUCCUAUUCCUGUGACUAUUGGAGAGUUGAAGGCCCUGGACAAUGUGGAUUUGAGUGAGAAUCGGCUCAGUGGAAGCAUCCCUCUGGAAAUUGGUGGGGCUUUUUCAUUGAAGGAAUUGAGAUUGGAAAAUAACCUUCUCACGGGAAAAAUUCCAACUUCAAUAGGGAACUGUUCUUCUCUGACCACUUUAAUUGCAUCACAGAACAGACUGACUGGCCCAGUACCUGCAGCAAUGGCCAAACUUACCAACUUACAAAAUGUGGACUUGUCUUUCAAUAACCUCACGGGAGGCCUACCCAAGCAGUUAGCCAAUCUUCCCAACCUUCUUUCCUUCAAUAUUUCCCACAACAACCUCCAGGGUGAACUACCUGCGGGCGCCUUUUUCAAUACCAUCUCCCCUUCCUCUGUCUCUGGCAAUCCAUCUCUUUGUGGCUCUGCAGUUAAUAAGUCUUGCCCAACAGUUCUUCCAAAACCCAUUGUCCUCAAUCCCAACUCCUCUUCUGACUCCACCACACCAGGAACAUUAUCUUCAAAUCUUGGUCAUAGAAGAAUCAUCCUUAGUAUUUCUGCACUCAUUGCCAUUGCUGCAGCUGCUGUCAUUGUCAUUGGUGUGAUUGCCAUCACUGUACUUAAUCUCCGUGUUCGAUCUUCUACAACUCAUUCACCAGCAGCCCUCGCGUUAUCAGCUGGGGAUGAUUUCAGCCAUUCCCCAACAACAGAUGGCAACUCCGGCAAGCUUGUCAUGUUUUCAGGUGAGCCUGACUUCAGCACUGGUGCACAUGCUCUACUCAACAAGGACUGUGAGCUUGGUCGUGGAGGGUUUGGAGCAGUCUAUAGGACAGUUCUUCGAGAUGGGCGGCCUGUUGCAAUCAAGAAGCUCACUGUUUCAAGUCUUGUCAAGUCUCAAGAAGAAUUUGAAAGGGAAGUUAAGAAAUUGGGGAAAGUGAGGCAUGAUAAUCUUGUGGAAAUCGAAGGCUAUUACUGGACUCCAUCAUUACAGCUCAUCAUAUAUGAAUAUGUCUCUGGCGGUAGUUUAUAUAAGCAUCUUCAUGAUGGAGCAGGUGGAAACUUCCUGUCAUGGAAUGACAGGUUCAAUAUAAUUCUUGGAACUGCGAAAAGUUUGGCUCAUUUGCAUCAAAUGAACAUAAUUCACUACAACAUAAAAUCUAGCAAUGUCCUGAUCGGCAGCUCAGGCGAACCAAAAGUGGGAGACUUUGGCCUAGCAAGGUUGUUGCCAAUGCUUGACCGAUAUGUUUUGAGCAGCAAGAUCCAGAGUGCCCUUGGCUACAUGGCACCAGAGUUCGCUUGCAAAACAGUAAAGAUAACUGAGAAAUGUGACGUGUAUGGGUUUGGGGUUUUGGUUCUGGAGGUAGUCACUGGGAAGAGGCCUGUCGAGUACAUGGAAGAUGAUGUUGUGGUUCUUUGCGACAUGGUCAGAGGAGCAUUAGAAGAAGGUAGAGUAGAGGAAUGCAUUGAUGGCAGGCUCCAAGGAAAUUUCCCUGCAGAAGAGGCUAUUCCUGUUAUGAAAUUAGGCUUGAUAUGCACAUCACAAGUGCCGUCAAACAGACCAGACAUGGCGGAGGUGGUCAACAUAUUGGAGCUGAUCAGAUGUCCAUCGGAAGGCCAAGAGGAGUUGUGAUGAAUUUAACUAAUCUUAACAGAUAUUCAGUGAAGGGAUUUGCAAUGGGAUAUCCGGCACAGAAGAAUCCAGUUGGUUCCUGUCAUCCGAGGGAGAAGAAAGUUUUUAUUGUUGGAAGGUUUUUCUUUUCUGUAUUGUUGUAGUUAUUUUCCUUCUAUUGUGGAUUUCCUGUUUAUUUCUGUAGUUUCUCCUCCCAUGCUACAAGUAGCUAGGUCACCAGAUUCUUCUUUGCCGGGUUCCAAAUUUGGGUCCCUCUCAGAUAUUGUCACUACUAAUCUUUUGUACUCUUCCAGUUUCUGUCUUGGUCAUGUUUCUUUCUAAGAGCUGAUUAUAUUGUUGACUUCUAAAGGCUU